GUUCAUUCAUUAUGUCGUGCAAUAUGUCGGAGUCGUCCCCCAGCUCAUUAUUGUGUGGUCCACUUGCACCUGCGUUCCUGCGAGAGAGGGCUACACCUCACCAAAUAAGGACAUGAGAGAGACCCUUGUUGGGAUGACGUUGAACGUGAAAUAGCGGAGAACGGGAGUGUGUGGACGGUUUAGAUGGAGACCUAAACCGGAGGGGGAAACACCGAGAUAAUCUGGUUACAUAAGAAGCUAUUGAAUUUGCGGAACGUCUCUGCACUAAUCCGCUGAACUAUUCAUGUUCAACUGUCCCACGGCGGAAUAACGCACAGGACACACACACACAUACAGGCACACUUGUGGCAUUGAAGGCACAGAAGCGCUGCGUGCACAGGGAGUGUAUGAAAUAAGAUAAACGCAGAGAGUGCUAUCUUUUGAGGUACAUUUGAAGCUGCUAUGCCUGCGCGCGUCGCAAACCCGAACUGGCGGCUUGUGCUGUCCGCGCCCGUGACGAUUCCGCUGACGCGCCACUAGCCGCACCACCCAGGAUACAGAGAGGAGAGCUGUGAGCGACGGUACGAGCAGGGGACUGACUGGAAACCGGUGUCUCUUUCUCUUUCUUUUCCUCUUCCUAGACGACCGCGGACGGAAGCCUGCUCCUGUGCGAGCCCCGUGGACGAUACAUUUAACGAGCCGCAGCAAUUCACCAGUAGCAUCACCCCAGACCCUUCUGCAGAGAUGGAGGUACCAGGCUUGGCGCACAACAUCACCAGCCCAUUAAGUCCCUGCGAGGGGAUGAUCAAGGACCUGAGCUUGGACGCCAUACAGUUAUGCGAACGAGAUGGAAGUAAAUCCCAGGACGGCAGCAUCUCCGAGAUGGAGGAGCUUCCUGUUCCUCAGAACAUCAAGAUCAGCAACAUCACCUGCGACUCCUUCAAGAUCUGCUGGGACAUGGAGCCACGCAGCAAGGAGCGCAUCACACACUACUUCAUUGACCUGAACAAGAAGGAGAACAAAAACUCAAACAAGUUCAAACACAAGGAUGUUCCUACCAAGCUGGUGGCCAAGGCAGUGCCCCUGCCCAUGACGGUUCGGGGCCACUGGUUCCUGAGCCCACGCACAGAGUACACAGUGGCCGUCCAGACCGCAUCAAAACAGACCGACGGGGACUACGCCAUCUCCGAGUGGAGCGAGAUCAUCGAGUUCUGCACUGCUGACUAUUCCACAGUGCAUCUAAACCAGCUGUUGGAAAAGGCAGAGGUCAUUGCUGGCCGGAUGCUGCGUUUCUCUGUUUUCUACAGGAACCAGAACAAAGAGUACUUUGACCACGCAAGGGAGGCGCAGGAGAACCGGAUGCUGCCAUCAGUGAAAGAUAACAGCGGCAGCCACGGCUCACCCAUCAGUGGCAAGCUGGAGGGCCUUUUCUUUAGCUGCAACACAGAGUUCAACACAGGCAAGCCUCCACAGGACUCCCCUUACGGCCGCCAACGCUUUGAGGUUCAGGCUGACAUACUCUUCAACCCCGACACCAACCUGUAUUUUGGAGACUUCUACUGCAUGUAUACAGCCUACCACUAUGUUAUCCUGGUCCUAGCACCGAAGGGCUCCAGGGGUGACGACUUCUGUAAGCAGAGGCUUCCUGCGCUUGACCUCACCAACAACCGUUUCCUCACCUGCAAGAAGGAAGAAGAGGGUGACGGCAGUCUGGUGUUUCACCACGCCCAGGAUGUCAUCCUGGAAGUGAUCUACACGGAGCCUGUGGACCUGGCGUUGGGCACAGUGGCCGAAAUCAGCGGGCACCAGCUGAUGAGUUUGUCCACGGUAAAUGCCAAGAAGGACCCCAGCUGCAAGACCUGCAACAUCAGUGUGGGACGCUAAGAAAAGGCAGAAUGUAGGAGAGGGAGGAAAGGACUAGAGGUGACUGACCUCUGCACACACACAGGAAGUCCACAUGUACUGACGAAGCAGACCAACACAUGCAUGAAGCAGCAGAUUUAGUAGGCUCCCAGACAUGCACACCAACAUAUCUCUGACACCGUUCUGUACUCUCAAGAGACCAUCAUUCCCAAAGAAGAGUGGAGAAAAAAAGAGGAAGGUACACACUCUGACACCUGCACCGUUGUCUCCUCAUCUGAAAAGGGUUACCCUAAAUGUUGAAACCUUACAUGAAACUGAGCAAUCUAAACCUGGGACACCAACAACACACCCUUUAACUGUACUAACAAACAUGAGCUGCUUCUACAAUUUCCUGUUGUUUAUUUUAAUAAGUUGUCCCAUAUUUUGUUAAUGACCUUUGCCUUGUUAUUAUUAAUAUGCUGUUAACUGAGUGUCCACUGUCUGUGUGGACAAGCAUUUUGUUGUUUCCAAUUACUUUGACUGUUUGACGUUUUAGAAAUGUUUUGUUCUCAUUCCACAGUAGACAAAUUCAGACUUCUUUUUACCUCCACUAGUGGCACAGACUGGUACUACAAUUUUCUAGGGCUGCAGCAUCAAGAGUCAUCUUUCUUUAUACCAAAGGUAUUAAAAACCAGACAUGAAACCGCUGUGGAAUCUUAACAGUACUAAUGCAACAGCCUCUAAAAUGUCUAUUCAGUAAGUCUUUGACGACCAAGUGUGAACUACUUGUUAACUUGUUAACCUUUAAAAAAAAGCAUGAUGCAGUUCUGUGCAGCAUGAGUAUGAAAGCUGUCAGUACCUCUACCAUAGCAACCUUUUCUGCAACAGUCGCUCUUAUUUUGUUGUAGUCAGUGGAAAGAAAGAAAGUAGAACCAUAAACUGUGUUUAGCAGAAUAAAUGUGAAAAAAUAUUUAUUUUUAUUGAUACAUUCAUAUAUAUAUAUCUAUAUAUAUAUAGAAAAUUAUAUAAACCAGAAGUGCACAAUGUCAAAAGCUCUGAUCAUUGUCAACAACUGCAUUUACAGGAAAUUGACUUCAUACAGGUAAAAUGGGGGGGAUGAAUGCAAAUUUGACAGCAGAUAUAACUUGCACUACAAUUUCAACGUUCACCAACGUUCACAUAUUUUCCAUGGUGAGAAUGUGAAUUGAACGACUUAGAUCAACUAUGAAAUCCUUAAUGCAUAUCAUAGCACAAUGUAGGACUAAAAAACUGACAUGCACAAACACUACAGGAUUGUCUCAUUGCAAUUAAGCUUACAUUUCUUUUGCCAAGAUAGCACUUUGUAAUAAAAAUGCAGUUUCCACAUUAACUACGGACAAAGCUGUCCAAAAUGGUAUUUUGGCACAGAAAAAAAGCAAGUAACAAAGUGCCAUAAUAUACAUACAGUGAUCUUAAAAUUACUAAUAUGUAACUAACAUCAAGUUGUUACACCUCUUCAUCCUUGACAUAAAUUAGUGCUACAUACACUUGCUACAUCAGGUUUAUAGUAAGAUGUGUCAUGAAUGAUAAGGGAUGUGUUUUUGGGACUAAGAAAACUCUGCAGUUGCCCAGUAUUUAAUUCAGAUUGUCACCAAUUUCCAUCAGUUUUCUUCAUGUAAAGUGCAUCAACAUGAGCAUGGCAUGAAACAAGACCAGACCCACUGGCUUCACAACCUGAUUUUUCUUCUUGUUAAGAUAAAGGUCCCACUGUGAGUUAACUCAGCUGGUCUUGGUUGAGUCCUGUUGUUUACUGAGCAGGGCCUCCAGUAGACGGAGCUUUGCUUUGAGGUUCUUAUACUGGCAGUACUCCUCAGCCAUCGGUCCACGGUCCUCCUUCUGACAAGCCCUGUUAAGAAUACAUGGAGGAGAAAAAAAAGAUGCAAACAAAAGGCAAAACUUCAGUAGUUUCAACUAGCAGCAGCUUCCAUAACUGGUUGAUAGUCCCUAUGUUGCCUUACUCAGAUAGCUUUGUACAGUGUGUAUUGUAAUCGAAAACUUACUGUAUUUACUUUGGAGGACUAACAUGUACAGUACAAAGGAUGUGUACAGUUCAGAGCAAAUGUCUUUCUCUUCGUCUCUUUCCUGAGCUCUCUGUGCUGUAUUAACGUUAAAUGAGUGUGCAUUACACUGUCGUACCAUUACGAUGGGAAUUUCUUUUGUGGAUGUUUUUUCUUUAUUUUUCACAAGGCAUUGUUGAAAACCAAAUGUUCCAAGUUUAUUAAAAGACAAAAUAAAACUCAAAAGCCAAGUA